CUGAAUUCCGACCGAGAAAGAGCAGAAGCCACAACAGCGCCGAUAGGCUUCCCUCAUCGACCCAGCAAGUAGUAGCUAUCGCCGGGUAUAAACUGAAGCGGCUGCCGACGACAAUCAGCAGAAUAGACCCCGACCUAAAUGCCCCUCCUACGUAUCAUCGCACUCCAUCGAUCAAGAGAGCAGUAGCAAGCUAUCAGCGACCCAGGGUAGAAACAAGCAGCAGAAGUCGAUCGCCCUUCUUUAUUACCCUCGCGAUCAGAAGCAACAACUUCACCAUCCAUCGACCCUCUUCCCUCCCCUGUUCGUUUGUCGCACGUCGGAGAAGUAGAUGAGGGAAGAGAAGAAGGAAAAGAGGGGGAAAGGAAAGAGUCUGGGCACUGGGUUUUGAUCUGGAGAACGUCAUAAAUCGUUCCAUGGAGUCGGAUUUGCGUUUGGAUGUCUGUAGAUGCCUCGUCGGAGCUUUGCCGGGGCUUUGUCGGCGUGUCACCGGAAUCUGGAAAUUUUUGAAGUUCGACGGAACUUUGAAAGGUGAAUAUGGUUGCAUAGAGGGCGAUCUCAGGAGCGUCAUUAUGCCGGCGAAAUCAAAUUCGGAUGUCGGAUGAGGGAUAAACGAGUCUCCGAAGUUUGGAAAAGAAUAUAUCAACGAUCAGGUAUCGUACUGUGUAAUUUGAAAAGAUAGGGGAUUGAUUUCGUAAUUUUCCAGAAGGGUCAGGGUCAACGGUGUUGACUUGAAAAAUUACAGAUUCGGUACCUAGUAUUUCGGAAUCUGACAGAAUUCGUAUUUUGGUCAUAUCUUGUUCGUUUGACGUCCAUACAAGGAACCGUCGGCGCCUACGUGAUGGUGGAGGAGAGGAGAAUUUCAUGGAAGAAACUCAUAUAAUUUUGGUGCAGAGUAAGAGUUGGUUUCGACGGAAAUGAGGUGAGUGUAAAGGGGGUAAAUUCUACGCCUUACGGUAUUUCAGCUUUGAGAUUGACUGCUAUCAGCUAUGUGCUAUAUGUACCUUUGUGUGUUUAUUUGAUGCAUGUAAUUGCACGUGAUUUGUGCUUCCAGUUAUACAUAUGAUAAUGCGUGUUUUAUUUAUAAGUAAGUUGAAGUUUAAGAACACGCUUUCUUUUCAGAAGUACUUCACCUUCAAGAAGGUGAAAUCGUUUUAAGAGUUUUUAGUCACUAGCGCCUGUCCGUUGUCAGAUACCAGACAAUCAGUUACAUGUUACUGUGUUUUUCUUAGUGAUUCAUUAAUCUCUUGAAAAUCGAAGAAGCAAUCCAUAGUGUCUCGAUCUUCCUGCAAACCAAAGUAUAUAGCAAUAACAUACAUCACUUGCGAGAUCCAAUAACUCUAGUAUCUUCUUUGUUAUUUCAAGAUUGAUCAUCGAAAGUCAUUACAAUAAAACCUAUAUUCGGUGACAAUUUUUUGCACGACCAAGAUUGAUUGGUUGCAGAAAGUUAAUAUUUUUCAACUCUUUAUCACAUUGUCGCCAUAAACAAAUGUUUGCCGAACAAUUUGUUAAUAUGAUCUUCGAUAACAUAUGAAUCAACGGCCAUAUGAUUAAUGAUUGUCGAUAUCCUAUAUGUGGACGACCAUUAAUGAAGUGGUCGGUAAUAGCCAUAAGGUUUAACGACUAUAUAUAAGUAGUCAUUGAUAACUUAAUAAUUUAUCGAUCACAAAUUAUAAUGGGUCGUAGAUAAUCAUCUUUUUAGCAACCAUAUUUUAGUAAUGGUCGUGGGAACUAAAUAUUAGAAUUGAAACUUGGCGUGUUCGUCCUGAUUCCUAAGAGAGGCGGGCGGAAUAGUUUUUGGUUUAUCGUUUGCAACCCAUAUUUUACUGAUCGCAAACCAUAAAUGUUCAGCGACUAUUGUGUUUGUUCACAUAACAACAAUAAUUUACAUCGAAAGAAACGAAAAUAGAAUCUGCAAAUGUAGAGUCAGUCCAACGACCUGUAAGAAGGAAAAAUGUCUCUUGCCAUUGUCGGAUUCCUUUGUGAUAGUCCACCUCUCCUUCCAUUUCACGAGGAAAAACAUUAUUAUUAGUUUUUUUUAUGUAUUCUUGCGACCAAUUCUAGUUGUCGUGGAAAAACAUGGUCUUUGUGAUCGGGAUCUAAAGGGUCGUCGAAAUUAAUAUUCGACGAUCAUAAUGAUUGCGACAAGAAGAUUUGCAGCAAAAACAUUGGUGACCACAUAAAUAGUUGUAAAUACAUGUUUCUGAUGACCACUUUAACAGGAUCACUGCAAGUAUCACUUUCAACGAUCACAAGUUGUGGUCGUGAAAUGUUUGACUUGGUGAUCAUUUGUUGUUUGACUUGGUGAUCAUUUGUGAUAAGGGCCGUCUUUUAGAUUAUGCGACGCGAUAUAGAAGACCACUUUGAUAACACAAUUAUUUCAGUUGCAAAAAAUUUUGGCGACCAUUUUAAUUUGUUGGUCACAAAAUUCUAUUUUUGUGGUAGUGACACUACAGAAAAAGUUGUCUAUAGCAACGGUUUUUUAACCCUACAACCAUUUGAGUUGAUGAAGAUGCAGGUUUUAAUUACCGUACCAAACAGAGUGAAUUGGAUUGUCACAUUGUUCGUGAGAAGGCACAAGUACAUAUCUUUAUGAGCUACUCCAUGGUUGUUCAGAUAAUCAGCUGACAUACAUUCUCACCGGAGUACUGUCACCAUCACGUUUUUUUGUUCUUCUCUCCAAGUUAGGUUUUCAGUCCUGCUUACCAACUUGUGGGAGGUAACAUAAUAAGUAUUUUCUUCUUCAGAGAAAGUACAGGAGAGGAGAAUCCCAGACAACGAUAGCUUACUAAUGGAUUUUAAUUUUGAUUUAUCAUUUAUUUGCCGUUUUUAUUUUACACGUCAACUAUUUCAAAACUAUUGUUUGUUAUCUUCUUCCGCUAUGAAUUGAAUAUAACUAAAGAAAGAAGGAAAAACCGGUUACGCUUUCUUACUCACAAAUUCAUUUCUUAUAAUGUUCAACACAAUCACAAAACUAAAACCAAAUAAGAGGACAAACACACUAUGAGAAGAAAGUGAAAACUAGCAGCUGCUAGGGUUUGGAAUUACAACUACUGGAUUAAUCUAGCCAAUCGGGAGUGGACAAGUGUCCAGAGUUAAGUCUCCCUUUGUGCACCGUUUCUAUAAAGCAGAACGACGUCGUCCUUCUUAUUUAUUUACUGUCCAGGUUUGCUAAACUAGUUAAAGGAAGCUCGAACCAAACUCGAUCCAAACCCCAUGACUUCAUAUUCUUCCUUAGCAGAGUGCUGCUUCUGAUACUUUGUCAAUCUACCAUUGGAGCACUCUGCUUGAUAUGCCCCCUCAAGCUAGCAAGUACAUAUCAUGUACACCGAGCUUGGAGAGAAAGAAAUUAAAUCGAUCAGCAGACAACCCCUUUAUAAACAAAUCAUCCAACUAGUUCUUAGUGUUUAAGUGAAACAAAUUCAGAAGUCUUUAUUUUAGCCUUUCCCUCACUACAUAGCAAUCCACCUCUAUAUGUUUCGUUCUCUCAUGAUAAACUGGAUUUUUUGCUAUGUGUAUUGCUGACUGAUUGUCGCAAUACACCUUGACUGGACUUGAAUGAGUGAUUCCAAAGAAAUUCAAAAAAUCCUUUAGCUACUGCACCUCACAAGACAAUUGUGCCAUUGCUCUGUAUUCUGGCUCGGAGGACCAACACAAAACUGUGCCUUGUUUCUUGUUUUUCUAAGUAAUUAGAGAGCUUCCUAGGAUGGUGCAAUACCCAAUUAUUGAUUUUCUGGAGUAGGGCAUAUAGCCCAAUCUAAAUCACAAUAUCCACUUAGUUGUAGGCUUGAAGAAGAAGAAGAAGAGAACCAUAAACCCUGCCAUGGACGGCCCUUUAAGUGCCUCAUGAUUCUAUGCAAGGCUUUCAAAUGAACAGUUGUAGGUCGAUCUUGAAACUGACUGAGUUGGUGGAAAGGAAAGCAAAUGUCAGGCCUGAUAGUUGUUAAAUACUGCAGCUGACCCAAAAGAUGUCUAUAAACCAUGCCAUCAUCAAGCAAUGUUCCAUCACCGACAGACAACGUGGUCUUCAUACUGAUUGGAUUCUUUAUUGGUUUGCAUUCCAAGAAAUCUGCAUUCUCCAGCAUUUCAAGAUAGAACUUGUGUUGACAUAAGGAAAUGCCAGCCUGAGUUCUUGCAAUUUCCAGUCCCAGGAAAUACUUCAAAUUCCCCAAGUCUUUAACUUUAAAACCCUUCAGUAAUUGUAUUUUAACAUGUUGAAUGUCCUCCAAGUUUGGUCCUGCCACAAUAAUGUCAUCUACAUAGAUGACCAACAACAGUGGAGGUUUUGAAAACUGAGUAGUCUUCAUAAGACUUCUGAAACCAAGCUUGCUCAAGAACUCUAUUAGUUUAAGGUACCAUUGAUGACUAGCUUGUUUAAGCUUAUAUAAGGAUUUUUUAAGCUUGCAAACCUUUCCUUGAAGGUGACUUAGCUCCCUUAACCUAGGUAGUAAUUCCAUAUAAAUCUCCACCUCUAAUUCACCAUUAAGGAAAGCAUUACUCACAUCUAUUUGAUGGAGAUGCCACUGCUUGAUGGCAGCAACUGCCAAAAGAAGUUUGAUAGAAUUGAUUUUAGCAACAGGAGAGAAGGAAUCAACAAAGUCAACUCCAUUGUUUGUGUGUAACCCUUAGCCACAACUCUAGCUUUAAACCUCUCUAUAGCCCCAUCAGAAAGAAACUUAGUCUUAUAAACCCAUUUGCAUCCUAUGGGCGUGAUAUUCACUAGUCUAUAACCAAUAUCCCAAGUCUUGUUAGCAUCCAAUGCAAUAACCUCCUCCUUCAUAGCUUGCUACCAACAGGGAUGAAGAGCAUUUUGGGAGUAAGUAUGAGGAUCAGGAUCCAUGGAGAUGGAUAAGGUGUAAUGUUUGUGAGAAGAGGAAAGAUGAGAUUAGGAAAUUAUGUGAGAAAGUGGGUAAAGUAGUUUGUCAUCAAACCAGGUGGAGCUGGACUGAGAAAGAAAAGAGGUAUGAAAGGAGUCUAAAUGUUUAGGAGGUCUGAUGACUCUUUAGGGCUUUUGAAGAGCAAUAGGUAGAGAAGGAAGUGGACGGGAGGAAGUGGAAGGUGGUGUGGGAGAUGGAGGAGGUGUAGGUGGAGAAGAAGACAUAGGUGAAGAAGGGGGAACGUCUGGAUUAGUAGUUUCGUGGAAGUUAUGAACUUGAGGAAGAGGAAGAUCAUCAAAAUAGAAGGUAGGUACGUGACCAUGAGAGGAAGGAGCAGUAGGGGCAGAAGAUGUAUGUGAUGUCAAGAAAGGGAAUUCAGAAUCAAUAAAUUCAACAUCCUGCUGGUAAACACUGAGUGAGCAUCAAGAUCAUAUAGUUUGAACCUUUAACACAAAAAUGGCAUCCUAGAAAGACUGCCUUGACAGUUCUAGGUGCAAACUUUGGUUUGUGAUCUUGAACAUUCGUGGCAAAGGCAAGGAAACCAAACACUCUAAGAUUACUAUAAUUUGGUAGUAUCCCAAACAAAGACUCAAAAUUGUAUUUGUUGUUCAGAACAGGAGUAGGAAUAGUGUUAAUUAAAUAAACUGCAUGCAACACAAAAUGAAACCAGAAACUAAUUGGUAAUUUUGAUUGAAAUUUCAGUUCCCUUGCUAUAUUAAGAAUGUGUUGGUGCUUCCUCUCAACUCUACCAUUUUGUUGAGCAGUAUGCACACAACUAAUUCAUGAAGGACACUUGAUGACUACAUAUUUACACAUGUUUUGUCCCUAAUUUCUUGAUUGUUUAGCUUGGUUUUUAUCAUACUCUGUCCUACUUUACGCUAGGUUAUGUUCUUUUAUCACAUUUCAGUUGCUAGCACGUAAAGUGAAGCAUAGGCUCAAGUUUUCAAGUCAAUCGGAGAUCAAUUGGCGACUCGUGGGAAGUAACUCGGGCAUGACCCGAGGAAGUAUGAAUUUUUACCUCACUUUAUGGAAUUAUAAUCAUGUAAUCUUGUCAUGCAAAUAAAGAGGACGAGAAUACAAGAAUCUGGAUCAAACAAUGACUAAUUUGGAGUCCGAACAAGGGAGAAACAAUACAUUCAAGAUAGGCGAAUAGGAGCAAGGAAUUCCACGGGUUGGAGACUAAUUCCACGGUCGUGGAUUAGGUGUUUAGACCAUGUAUUUUGAUGAUGAGAAAUCUACAGAUUGGAGAGUCAAUUCCACGACUGUGGAAUAUAAGGGGUGUCCGUGGAACAUGCCGGUAACGGGUAUAAAGGCCUGUUUUAUGUGUUUUGAAGGAAGAGAGCUGGGUUUUGGUUCCCAAACACCCAAGCGACGAACCUUAGAGAGAGAGCACCUUGCGAUCAUCUUGGAGCUAUUUUGGAGGAUUUCUUCGUCAUUGGAGCUCGGGAAACAAGCUUGGAGAUGGAGAUUGAAGAUCUAGAUCAGAUUUUCACAUUCUCUCUCUUCUCUAUGGAGUAACUUCCCGUCACUUAGGUUUUGAGGAACCCUAGAUUUGUAUGCUAUGAAGAUUUGUAUGAACUUGAAUUCAUGAUUGAUUGACGUUUUAUAUUCAGUUGAGGCAUUGAUUCAGAAUUACUUGAGUCCUUAUCAAACGUGUGUGAAUUCUGCUUUAACCUGGAACGAUAGUCUCUGCAUAAUUAAAAGAGCAACCCUAAUUGGAAGUAGUGAAUCGAUUACUUUAGUCGAGAAGUUGAUUCACUGUUCUAUACUAGAAUUGAAUCUAGUAGUGGAAGUUUGGUGUGUUAUUUCCUUAGUUAGCUUACGCCAGUGGAGGUUAGUCGCCCGCCGGGUAUUCGAAUUGAGAUGUUAUGGAAUUCUUUAGUCGAGACUCCAGAAUUGUCAAGAAUUUUCCGCAAUAUAUCUGUCAACUGAAUUGGAUUGGGUGAAUUACAACUUGGACUAACUGUAGACUAGGGGGAAUCAUACCUAAGUGAGUUCCCAACCUGUAAUUGGUAGAGUAGUUAUCGUACAGUAGUUUAGUAAAUCAAUCCUUAAUCUGGUUUGCUAGAUAAUGAACUGAAGCUUAGUAAUAGUAACUCGAGAGACUCGUGGAUUUGAUAUUUAUUUCUUGUGUCACUAUACUGCAGUCCCUUUCAUUGGUUACACUUGGCCAUUGUUAAGAGUUGUGUUUUAGCGAGUCCAGUUUUUGGCACUAUGCUGGGGACUUUCUAGAUUAUUAGGAAUGGCAAAAGUUUCUUAAUUUAUCUUUUGUUUCUUUUGGUUUUCUUUUCACCCUUGCUUUUCAUUUGAGUGUUUUUGUUUUCUGAUUGUGCAUAUUUGAAUCAUGAAUACAUAUGGCUUCUCUGACUAGUGGGGGUAUCAACCAUCACCCGGUUGGUAUUACCCUAAGACUUCAUGGGAUAACCCAUACGAAGAAGGCUAUGGAUUUGGGUUCCAAGAAGAACAAACCCCCUACUAUGGAGAAUAACCAGGUUACUGCUACUUGCUGGGCAUCUCAAGAACAAUAAAAUUAUCAUGAAGAAUGCCUCCCAUGACCAGAAGGAGCAUCAGAGCUGGAGUUAGCCAUUGCGGCCUUCACGGGCCAUUCUGCAGAGCCAUGCUACACUCCACGGGCAUAUUCGAACAAACAAUUGAGGCUUCUCGUGGAGAAUUUUGCUCGGGACACUGAAAGAUCAUGCUCCAAGAUGAACCUUCAUAUCCAAACCAUUGCCCAAAUUGACUUCUCCUUUCGUGAAACAGAGGAGACCCUCCUAAGCAUAAAGAAGAACAUAGAGGUCAUUGAGAAAGCUUCUGCAUAGUUUGCUCAAUACAACCUUUAUGCUACCAUACAAGCAGAGAAGGAGGAAGAAGAAGCCAGUCACGAGGAUGCUGAUGAGCAUACAGAAGUUGUCACAAAGAGCUCCCGUGAUAAUCAUGAUCAGGAUUGUCCCCGGGUGGCAGAUCACACCUUUCCCCAUUUCUGCUCUGACAUGUUGGGCUUGAGCGAGGAGAUGCAAGAAGAUCUCAUCAAAUAAAUUGCUUGGAGACUUGCUCUCCAAUCGAUUAUGGAAGAAGAAGAGAGAGAAAGGGUGAGGGAAGAAGUUGUAGAGGACGAGGAAGAAAGACAUGAUGAGAAGAUUCUUGAUCUUUUUGGAGGGAAGGAAUCAAAUUCUGAGGAAGGAUGGGUGUUUGAAGAUGCAAAUGUCGUCCAUGCUGAGGACGAAGUUGAGGUGGAAGAGGCUUGCACCGGCCAUGAGUUACAUUUGGUAUCUCCACUAAACUUCGAUGAGCUGCCUGGCAAGGACCCAUUUGCAGUGUCUCUUUGCCACACCAAGGCCACAUCGACAUUGGUCCCUUUUGAUGGAUGCGACAGUGGUCAAUCUAUGUUGUCAUAUAUGGUUUGGGGAAAUAAGACGAGAGACAAAGAGAAUAAGAGGUCUUGAGGGUGGAGAGUUCCUCUACAUCAAGGGCACGAGCCAUUUUCGUCACUUGCUAUGUCACGUGCUCGUGACUUGAGACUCCACCUCAUCGACGAGAACCUCAACUUCAAGGAGGUUUUGGGGUGGACCAAAACUUAGGAUCCAUCCUCCGGCUCACGACAUGAAAGAAGCGCUUGUUGAGAUGCAAACCAAGUAGUUGGUUUGCAUUUCUUUCCCUAUUUCUCUUCGGUUGAGUCUGUUUUGUUCUUUGAUUUUAGAGUCAAUAACUCAACCUUUGUGAGAUUUUGUGUGGUGUUUAUGUGCCGACAGCUCUCUCUACUCCCCUGGAAUGUGCCGACUGUUUAGAGUCAAUAACUCAACCUUUGUUCUUUGAUUCACACUUGAUAUGGUUACUUCGUUCUACCCUCAUUAUCUUUCCUCCAUGCAAGAAAUGUCGUGCUUAAGC